CCGGUUCGUCACUGUCAUAUGACCUGCCUUCCACUGUUAUUUCUGCUACUCCGUAGGAGCCAGUAAAGCACAUCGAGCAACGAAAGCUUUCUUUAGUUUCCUAACAAUAAUGGCAACACUGGUGGCAAAUCGAGCGAUGGAGGUGAACAGCAUUGGAGCAGCUGCGAGGACACACACUCAAGCUGUGACUAGGAAUUACAUCUCCCAGCCGAGGCUAACCUAUUCCACCGUGUCUGGGGUAAAUGGCCCUCUCGUAAUCCUGGAUAAUGUGAAGUUCCCCAGGUAUGCUGAGAUUGUUCAUUUGACCCUCCCAGAUGGCACCAGGAGGAGUGGACAGGUCUUGGAGGUUAUUGGAAGCAAAGCAGUUGUUCAGGUGUUUGAGGGGACAUCAGGCAUCGAUGCCAAGAAGACGGCCUGCGAAUUCACUGGUGACAUCCUGCGUACCCCAGUGUCAGAAGACAUGUUAGGACGCGUGUUUAAUGGCUCAGGGAAACCCAUCGACCGUGGACCCAGUGUUCUGGCUGAAGACUACCUGGACAUCAUGGGUCAGCCCAUUAAUCCUCAGUGCCGUAUCUACCCCGAAGAGAUGAUUCAGACGGGUAUCUCCGCCAUCGAUGGCAUGAACAGCAUUGCCAGAGGGCAGAAGAUCCCCAUUUUCUCUGCUGCUGGACUGCCCCAUAAUGAGAUUGCUGCUCAGAUCUGUCGCCAGGCUGGCCUUGUGCAGAAGUCAAAGGACGUAACGGACUACAGUGCUGAGAACUUUGCUAUUGUCUUUGCAGCCAUGGGGGUCAACAUGGAAACAGCUCGCUUCUUUAAAUCGGACUUUGAGGAAAACGGCUCUAUGGACAAUGUCUGCCUUUUCCUUAAUCUUGCAAACGACCCCACAAUUGAGCGCAUAAUUACACCCCGCCUGGCACUGACCACAGCAGAGUACCUGGCUUACCAAUGUGAGAAGCAUGUUCUGGUCAUCCUCACUGACAUGAGCUCCUACGCUGAGGCCCUGAGAGAGGUCUCUGCUGCUAGGGAGGAAGUACCUGGCCGUCGGGGUUUUCCAGGCUAUAUGUACACUGAUCUGGCCACCAUCUACGAGCGUGCUGGCCGAGUAGAGGGAAGAAAUGGCUCAAUCACCCAGAUCCCCAUUCUCACAAUGCCCAAUGAUGACAUUACCCAUCCAAUUCCUGAUCUCACGGGAUACAUCACAGAGGGUCAGGUCUAUGUUGACAGACAGCUGCACAACAGACAGAUCUACCCACCUAUUAAUGUGCUGCCCUCACUGUCUCGUCUGAUGAAGUCUGCCAUCGGUGAAGGGAUGACCAGGAAAGACCAUGCUGAUGUGUCUAACCAGCUGUACGCCUGUUACGCCAUUGGUAAAGAUGUCCAGGCCAUGAAGGCUGUAGUGGGAGAAGAGGCCCUUACUUCUGAUGAUCUGCUUUACCUGGAGUUCUUGCAGAAGUUUGAGAAGAAUUUUAUUGCUCAGGGCCCGUAUGACAACAGGACUGUAUAUGAGACCCUGGACAUCGGCUGGCAGCUACUUCGAAUUUUCCCCAAGGAGAUGCUGAAGAGGAUUCCUCAGAGCACCUUGGCUGAGUUCUACCCCAGAGAAUCUGCAGCACGCCACUAAGGUGCACUUAAAAAUGUUCCUGUUCACGCCCUCCCUCUUUUUUUCUGUUUUCCCUUUAUCCUCACCUGCAGUCUUUCACCCUUUUGGGCUUGACAACAUAUUUUGUCAAGCUUCCAUUUAUCUCAAGCUUCAUGUUUUUGCCUUUGGUUCAUCUAUUUCCAUGAGUCACCUUUGCUCUUGAGCAUCACACCACCCUCCUUUACUCUCAAUAGGAAAGAGGAUGUAGACCUUUCCGAUAUGUGGUUGUACUGUAGUUUAACCAUGUGCUGAAGGCAUGAGUGGAAAAUUGUGUUGGUUCUAGUAUCUACUUUUAAGUGUAAAACAGUGAACAUAUCAUUGUAGUUUUUGAUUAAUCAUUAUUUAUUCAGCUGUGUACCUGCUUUACAAGGUUUUCUUUUAAUCAACACAUGUUGAAUCCAGAAAAAAAACAGGUAAAAAAGUUGCUUCUAGAUUUCUAAAUUAAGAGAUGAAAUUAAAAUGUCAUUGAUUCAACUAAUGAGUAUUGUGUUGCUAUUAACUGAUUAUGGUUUUAUUGUCAUGUGCUGUUUUUUUUGUUGCUGCUGGGUUUUUUUUUAGUUGCUUCAAAUUCAAACAUCUUAACAAAAUCCACAAAAAUGGGGGUCUGUUGUAUGCUUCCUCAAAUGUUUAACUUGUUGCUCCUAUGUGGGCUAACCUGAACAUUACCAACUAUGUGCAAAAAUGAAUUAUUUGUGUGAAAACAUAAUCCUUUGUGAAUUUGUGUCUAUGAAUAAAUAAAAUUUGAUGUAAACGCU